GAGGGGGGGGGUUAAACCGGACCGGGAACGACGUGUCGAGCGGCAAGGUUUAGGGUCAGGAAAGCGGGGUGGUGGUGUUUAAAACAAACCCAAAAAAAAAAGACAAAACAAAAAAACCAACCCCCCUAAGGUAAAUUUAAAAAAAAAAAAAAACAAACCAACCACAACAAAACGGGCUCACGGCCGCGUAAAAGGUCAAAGGUCGGAGGUUGAGGAGGAGCCGCUUCCCCCGUCGGUAAAGUGUCAGCAUCCUGCCUCUGAGAGGAUCUCUGUCAAUUAGAUGAUGGACACAGCCAAAACUUCCAGUGUUCAAGAGUUCAGAGUGAAAAUACCACUGAAGCUCUAACAUUCAGGAGCCGUAGAGAGGGUCUGUGUGGAACAGGAAGUGCAUUUCCCCAGAGAGCCAAAGCUGGAUACAGUGCCUUUGCUGAAGCAUUGCACAUGCUGGAAUUGCCUGACCCCCUGAUGUAUUCCGGGAUGGCAACUAGGUGACGACAGCUGAGGAUGACCCUGACUGAAAAACUGCGCGAGAGGAUAUCGCGGGCGUUCUACAACCACGGGCUGUUGUGUGCUUCCUACCCCAUCCCCAUCAUCCUCUUCACUGGUCUCUGUAUUCUGGCCUGCUGUUACCCGCUGCUGAAGCUGCCACUGCCUGGAACAGGACCUGUGGAGUACAGCACCCCUGUGAAGGAUUACUCUCCACCCUCUCCAGACACGGGUCUGCAGCAAGGGGAUCUCAGCGAACGUCCCGACUGGUAUGUUGGUGCUCCUGUGGCCUACAUUCAACAGAUCUUUGUGAAAGCUACCGUCUCCCCAUGGCAGAAGAACUUCCUUGCUGUUGAUGUAUUUCGUUCACCCCUCUCCCGUGUCUUCCAGCUAGUGGAGGAGAUUAGAAACCAUGCCCUGAGAGACAGUUCUGGUGUCAAAAGCUUGGAGGAAGUUUGCCUUCAGGUAACGGAUCUUCUGCCUGGCCUCAAGAAGCUGCGGAAUCUGCUCCCCGAACAUGGCUGUCUGUUACUGUCUCCAGGGAACUUCUGGCAGAAUGACCGAGAGCGAUUUAAUGCUGACCCAGAUAUCAUCAAAACCAUCCACCAGCAUGAACCAAAGACAUUACAAACAUCAGCUACUCUCAAAGAUCUGUUGUUUGGACUCCCUGGGAAGUACAGCGGGGUGAACCUCUAUAAUAGGAAGCGAGUGGUAUCAUACACUGUCACACUGGGUCUCCAGCGAUAUGAUUCCAGGUUCCUCAGCAGCCUCCGCUCUCGCCUCAAGCUGCUGCAUCCCAGCCCUAACUGCACGCUGCGAGAGGAGAACAUCGUUCACGUCCACUUCAAGGAAGAGAUUGGCAUUGCUGAGCUGAUACCCCUUGUCACCACCUACAUUAUACUCUUCGCUUACAUCUACUUCUCCACACGGAAGAUUGACAUGGUGAAGUCGAAAUGGGGUCUGGCACUGGCAGCAGUCGUGACGGUUCUCAGCUCUCUGCUCAUGUCCGUUGGGCUGUGCACGCUGUUUGGUUUGACACCUACUCUUAAUGGAGGAGAAAUAUUUCCAUACUUGGUUGUAGUGAUUGGCCUAGAGAACGUGUUGGUUCUCACCAAGUCAGUUGUCUCUACACCCGUUGACCUGGAAGUGAAGCUACGCAUUGCCCAAGGCUUGAGCAAUGAAAGCUGGUCAAUUAUGAAGAAUAUGGCGACAGAGCUUGGGAUCAUCUUGAUCGGAUAUUUCACCCUUGUCCCAGCCAUCCAGGAGUUCUGCCUCUUUGCUGUGGUCGGCCUGGUGUCUGACUUCUUUCUGCAGAUGUUUUUCUUCACUACCGUGCUGUCCAUUGACAUUCGCCGUAUGGAGCUCGCUGAUCUGAACAAACGGUUGCCGGCAGAAGCCUGCAUGCCCCCAGCGAAACCUGUCAGCCGCUCUCAGCGCUACGAACGCCAGCCAGCUAUGCGACCUGCCACCCCCCACACCAUCACCCUGCAGCCAUCGUCUUUCAGGAAUCUGCGCCUGCCAAAGAGGCUGCGGGUGAUUUACUUCUUUGCCAGGACCCGGCUGGCCCAGAGACUCAUCAUGGCCGGGACGGUGAUCUGGAUUGGAAUCCUGGUUUACACGGAUCCUGCUGGUCUCCGCACCUACCUCACGUCACAGGUCACCGAACAAAGUCCUUUGGGUGAAGCAGGUCUGCCUCCUAUGCCUGUUCCUGGAGGGGUCCUACCUGCUGGCGACCCUAAGAUUGAUCUCUCAGUCUUCCCGUCGGACCCUAUCCAGCUGUCAGAAAACCAGACGCAGCCACGUGAGCAGAAGUCAGGGCUGGAGUCCCUGAGCAGGCUGGAGACAAACCAGCACACUUGGGCCCAAGGACCAGAGGGCAAAGGGAAUGGACAGACGGAGCUAGGAACUGAAGCGGAGGUUACCUGGGGAGCAGAGGAUGAGGAGAUUUGGAGGAAGCUUUCCUUCAGACACUGGCCAUCCCUCUUCAGCUACUACAAUAUCACUCUGGCCAAAAGAUACAUCAGCAUCCUUCCAGCAAUCCCUGUCACGCUGUACCUGAACCCACAAGAGGCCUUAGAAGUGCGGCAUCCCCAGGAGGCUAACCGCUACCACCCCUUCUUAUCUUCAAGCAGUGGGAAGCUGGAUACUGAAGCUCAGCCUGACCAAGCCUCAUCCAAGCUGCAAGUGCACCAGGAUGUCACUCUUUACAAGGUGGCUGCUCUGGGUCUGGCCUCGGGCAUUAUCCUGGUCCUCCUGCUCUUCUGCCUGUACCGGGUGUUCUGCCCCAAGAACUAUGGGCAGAAUGGGCUCUCGCACAGCAGGAGGAAGAGGGGGGACCUGCCCUGUGAUGAUUACGGCUACUCCCCACCUGAGACAGAGAUCGUCCCCUUGGUUCUCAGGGGUCACCUCAUGGACAUCGAAUGCCUGGCUAGUGAUGGGAUGCUGCUUGUCAGCUGCUGCCUGGUGGGCCAGAUCCGUGUGUGGGAUGCUCAGACCGGCGACUGCCUCACCGUUAUUCCCAAACCAAGGUUGCGAAGAGACAGCAGUGGCAUCUUUGAUUACCAGGAAAGCUGGGAUCAUAGUCCAGAUGGCAAGAAUGGUCUGGACGACUCUUUUGAGAACAGUCACCAGCUCAAAAGGAUGCUCAGCCCCCCGCAGCCUCCGCUUUUCUGCGACCAGCCAGACCUCACGUCUCUCAUUGACACGAACUUCUCUGAGCAGGUGAAGGUGGCUGAGUCAGAGACGCGGCUCCGUGCUGUGGGCAGUCGCCAGAAGGAGACCGGGUAUGACUUUAGCAGCCUGGUUGGUAAAGUGUACGAAGAGCACGGCACCUCCAACUGUAUGAACUUCACUGGCCUCUCAGCCCCACAUGGACAGGCUGGCUUCUGUGUGGGGAGCAGCAGUCCCCGCUCCCUGCGCUGCGGGACCGAGGAGGGAGGCUGCAGCAGCCGCAGAAGGAGCCUGGGGGAUGAGUCCUUUACAGGAUUUGACAAAUCGUCACCGCUUCCUUCCUGGGGAGGAGACUUGGAGAGCUCUGUCUGGAGCCUGGACCUGCAAGGGAACCUGAUUGUGGCUGGCCGGAGUAAUGGGAAGCUGGAGGUUUGGGAUGCGAUCGAGGGGACCCUCCGUAGCAGUAAUGAUGAAGGUCAAUCUGGCAUCACAGCACUUGUCUUCCUGAACAACAGGAUUGUCGCUGCCCGGUUGAAUGGCUCUCUAGAUUUCUUUUCGCUAGAGACACACACGUCCUUGAACCACCUGCAGUUCCGAGGAGCCCCAAGCAGAAGCAGCAUCCCGUCUUCCCCCGUGUUCAGCAGCAGCGACAUCAUCAUGUGUCAGCUCACCCACACCGUGUCCUGCGCCCACCAGAAGCCGAUCACGGCGCUGAAGGCUGCGGCUGGACGGCUGGUCACGGGGAGCCAGGACCACACUCUGAGAGUGUUUCGGCUAGAAGACUCAUGCUGUUUGUUCACGCUGCAGGGUCACUCAGGAGCAAUCACAGCUGUGUACAUUGAUCAGACGAUGGUGCUAGCGAGCGGAGGCCAGGACGGUGCCAUCUGCCUUUGGGACGUGCUGACGGGGAGCAAGGUCAGCCACAUGUACGCCCACCGAGGGGACGUCACGUCCCUCACCUGCACAACGUCCUGCGUCAUCAGCAGCGGCUUGGACGACGUGAUCAGCAUCUGGGACCGCAGCUCGGGGAUCAAGCUCUAUUCCAUCCAGCAGGAGAUGGGCUGCGGUGCCAGCCUGGGCGUCAUCUCCGACAACCUGUUGGUGACAGGAGGCCAAGGCUGCGUCUCCUUCUGGGACAUCGGCUACGGCGACCUGCUCCAGACCGUCUACCUGGGGAAGAGCAACGAGUCGCAGCCCGCGCGGCAGAUCCUCGUGCUGGAGAACGCCGCCAUCGUCUGCAACUUCGGGAGCGAGCUCAGCCUGGUCUACGUGCCCUCGGUGCUGGAGAAACUGGACUGAGGAAGGAGGGGCAGGCGCCGGAGCCUGGGUGGAGGGAGGCAGGCGGGACGGGGCGCCCGGGCCCCUUCCGUAGUUGAAGGCAGCGUGGGCGGACGAAGGGUGGGCUCUAGGCAGCGCCGCGCUGCUGCCCACAGGCGAGGGGACGGGGACGCCGGCUCCAUCGCUCUGUCCGUACCUCUGUUGCCUUUCCUCCUCGUAAACUGGACUCUUGCCACCCAAAGGUCUUCGGGGCCCCAGCCCUCCUCUUCGCCCCUCUCCCCCGUUUCCUGCAUCUUCCACGCGGUCGCCGGGGCUCCCCAGGGGUGCGAUGCUCCCGGGGCUGUCCCGGCUGGCGCAGAGGGACACGGCGGAGUGAGGGGGGGGUGCCACGCUCCGCUCCAGCACCCUGCUGGGGACAGGACAGGCGACGGGGCUGGCGUGCGGUGGCUCCCCAGAGCUGACCGGCUGUCUGGGGGAGACCGAAGGAGGAGCAGCGCGGGGCUGGGGGAGCCUUGCUGCCUGUUGCCUUGGGGUAGCCGAGCUAAGCUGGGCCCAGCUCUGUCUCGGCAGGUUCCGGCUUAGUCGCAGCGGUGCCGGCAGCGGUGCCCGGCCUGCCUUUGCAGGGCCGUCCCAGCCCAACGCCUGCUCCCGGGGCACAGGGGACAGCCCUGCACACCCGGCCUCCCCCCGCCCCAGGCCAGAGAGGAGCAGCCAGGAGCUGCCAGCUCUUGGUGAACCCCUGGCACCCAGUGCCGCCAUCACCGCGGUCUGGCCGUAGCCCCUCGGCUCACAGUGGCAGCGGGUCCACACCGGGAGAAGGAUGGGGUUGAUCUCACCUGGGCGCUUGGCUUGGCCUCCACAUCAGGAGAAGGACGGAGCUGACCUCACCUGGGCACUUGGCUUGGCCUCCAUGUGCCUUAGAGCGCGGGCAGGGCCCCCACCUGCCCAGCUCUGGGCCGGCCCUGCCCCAUGCGGGGCCUGUGCGGCAGCAGUCCCUGCCCUAUUUAUUUAUAUGCUGUAUAUAUUUAUUUAUUAUGGCAGGAAAGCGCGGGACCAACGGCCCGGCAGUACCUGCGCCCAUGUGCCCGCCCUCGCUCCACCAAGCUGCCGUGGCAGAGCCGCCCUGGCACUGGACCUGCUCCUGCCUUUCUCCUUCGCCCAGUUUGCAGCAAUAGCACCUUCCUCCUCCUCCUCCUCCUCCCGCUGCAGGGCCAGAGGAGGAUUUUCUCAGGUUGGGAGCAGGCCGGCAGCCCUUGCCCCCAUCCUCCCUGCGGGGAGAAAGCCCCGUGGGGCAGGGGGAGACGGCCCGACUGACACUGGGGGGCCGGGGGAUCAGUGGGGACCAAAGGGCCCUGCCACCGGUGGGCAGCCCCCCACCCCGAGACACCGGGCUUCCCCUCUGGCAUGUGCCGGGGGGGGGGGGGGGGGGGAGCUCAGCUCCCCUCCCCAGUUGCAGUACAGGCCCCGCUCCAGCCCCAGGCAGCGAGGGGCAGGGGGGCUGAGCCACUGCCCCCCAAAACCCUGCCCUGGCAAUGGGGGGGCCACCAGCCUUGAGCAGAGCUGGGGCCGAACCCUUCCUCUACCGCGCUCUUCCCUCCAGUAAAUGCCGAUGACGUCUGUUAAUUGAAUCCUGGUGAUUGUAGAGGCAGCGCCGUGCUGGCCCCCUGGGCAGGCGGGAAGCCCCCCCUGAGCACGGCCGAAGGGACCCACGGCCUGGGGGCUCCCCUGGGGGGGCCAUGGGGCAGCACCCCCCUCCCCGCCCCGGCUUCCCCCUCUGCCUCGGGUGGCCUUAGCCCGGCUGUACGCUUUGUACUGUACAGGGGACGCUUUUUGUACCAGAUCCUGUUUUAUAACCUGUCCGAGGACACCGCCAUUAAACGGAACUAACCCGA